AUCAACACGGCGAUACCAAUGGGUCUCUUGCAAAAUUGGCUUGGCUAGACGGUAAUUUCUCUCUUUUCUUUCUUUCUUUCUUUCUUUCUUCGAUUUUCUCCUUCUUUGGCUAUGGCGGCAAAGCUGCACGCAUGGCUAUCAAAACAAAGGCAGUGUCAAGUGGGAACGAUCAAGUUUUGCUGGACAUUUCUUUUCCCUUACGAGGGCAUCCUCUCCUGGCGGUCACAUUCAGUACAAUAAGCCUACUUGCACGCGUUUGUCCUUGGCGGUUACUUUGGAGAAGGAUUGGUAUUUAUUCAGUCUUUGCCCGGGGUUUUCUCUUUCGUUUCCGGUUCUUCUCCGCUCGUUCGGUGGUGUUUUUGCCCUUUCUGAUCAAACUGCCUUUUUCUUUCUUUCUUCUGUUCUUCUCGACCUGCACUUGCCUUGCAUUUGCGACGUUUUGUUCAAGUCCUAUUGCUGUCUAUUUGGACCAUAGGCACUAAUGGGGGAGAGGUGUUUGAUUUGCGAAAAGAUCG